AUAAAGCGAUUCAAUUAGCUCGAGAAAAACCGUCGUCUUCUUCAUAUUGAAUUGAUAAUUUCUGGAUUUGAUUUUGCGAAAACAAGAUUUGAAGAUUGAUCUGAAGAACAACGAAGAUGGCUUGGACUUCUGCAUAUUUAGAUGAAUAUCAAAAGCUUGUCACUAGGAUGACGAUGCCAAAGGUCAUGAUUGAUAACGCCGGUUGUUCAAAUGCGACUCGUGUUAUUAUUGACAGUGCUAGAAAACAUGAAAAUCUUCUUGAAGCGAUACAGAUUCUUACCGAUUUAAACCUUUCUAUUAAGAAAGCGUAUGUAUCCUCCGACGGGAAGUGGUUUAUGGACGUUUUUCAUGUCACUGAUUUGAAUGGAAACAAGUUAACGGAAGAGAGUGUUAUCAAUUUCCUCGAACAGUCGCUUGAAACAGUUCAUGAUUCGAGAACCAAGAGUUUCGAAGGCUUGACAGCUCUAGAGCUCACAGGAACUGAUAGACUCGGUUUACUAUCAGAGGUUUACGCAGUUUUAUCAGAUUUACAAUGUAACGUAGUUGAAUCGAAAGUAUGGACACAUAAUGGAAGAAUUGCUUCCUUAAUCUACUUGAAAGAUUCUCAAUCUGGUUCGUCCAUUGAAGACUCGGAAAGACUAGAGAAAAUCAAAGCGCGAUUAAGAAACGUUUUAAAGGGAGACAAUGAUAUUCGUAGUGCUAAAACAUCAAUAUCCAUGGCGGAAACACAUACAGAGAGGAGACUUCACCAGAUGAUGUUCACGGAUCGCGAUUACGAACGACAACCAACUAAACACAAUAAUAAUAAUACGGAUUGUGUUAACGUGAUGGUUCAGAAUUGCAUGGAGAAAGAAUAUUCAUUGGUGAACAUCCAUUGUAAGGAUAGAACGAAGCUUCUCUUUGACAUUGUUUGUACAUUGACAGAUUUGGAGUAUGGGGUUUUCCACGCGACGGUGAAUACAUCCGGAGACAGAGCCGAUAUGGAAUUCUUUAUCCGACACGCAGACGGGAUAGCAAUCAGUUCAGAAGCCGAGAGGCAGCGGGUGAUUCAAUGUCUGCGUGCUUCUAUAGUGAGGAGGUGUUCGGGUGGAGGAAUUAGAUUGGAGCUAUGUAAAGAAGAUAAACACGGGUUAUUAGCGGAGGUGACAAGAACAUUCAGAGAAAACGAGCUGAAUGUGACUAGGGCAGAGAUAUCGACUACAAAGGAGGUGGCUUUGAAUAUCUUUUAUGUAACGGAUGCGAGAGGAAAUCAGGCGGAUUUAGAUGUAAUUGAAUCGGUUCGAAAGAGAAUUGGGAUUGAUUGUUUGAAUGUGAAGGAGUUACCAAAAAUCUAUCACGAUAAGAGCGAAAGGGAGGAGGUCGACCCCUCCGGUGGCGGCGGAGGGGUGGCCACGACGGUUUUGUUAUCGAUUGGGAGUAUUGUUAGAAGGAUGAAUCUAUACAGUUUGGGUGGUUUGAUAAAAUUGUAUUCUUGAGUGGGGGGAAAAGGGGAAAUAUGAAUAUGGUUUGUAAAUAAGUUAGUAUUAGUGGCUUGAAUAUAGAUUAUAGAGAAAUAUAGAUUGAUGCGGUCAUAGGUUCUCGGUCGUGGUCGGUCAAAGGUUUAGUGGGUGACCUUAGUUUAUUUGUUUGCUGUCCGACAGAUAGACAGGAGUGGUUGAAGAGUUAGGUACUAGGUGGUGUGUAGAAGGAUUAUUCAACUUAUAUUUCAAA